AUGGAAGACUAAUUAAAAAGAAUCGACAUACUCAUCAAGAAGCAGAACUUUUAGAAGAGUAUAAAAAAACUAUAAGAACUGCAAAAUCAACUUAAUGAGAGUCUUAUUAAUCCUGAAGAAAUGACAGAAAAUGAAUUAGUAAGCUCUAGUUUAUUAUUAUUAGAUUUUCUAAAGCAAUAUAUACGAGAGGUUCGCGACAAUAUUUAUUGAUAUAAAUUAAGUUUAUCAAGCAAUGCAAUACUUAAUAAGAAUGAUAAAAAUAGAGAAAGAUAUUUGUAAAGCAUCCGAUAAUAAGAAUAGCAUUUUGAGACUCUGUAAUUCUUACGCAAAAAUAGGUAAUUAAUAUAAUGAAAUAAUAUCAGGUAGGUGCUGUUUCUAUUGCUGUUAUUAUGAAUAAACUUUCAAAUAUUUAGAUUAUGCUNAAUCACAAUUAUAUUAUUUAUGA